AUGGAGUCGACUUUGCAUUGUGUUCCUGCGGAUCCGAAUGCGGCGCGCGAGGCGCCGACGCCACUCUUGUUUAUCGCUUCGCCCGAAUGGACAAAAGGCGAAAAAGCGGGCGAGAAAUUCAAGGCAUUGAUUGGUUAUGCCAAGGCGCAAGGAUUCAGCUCGUUGCUUUUGGAUCUUGAUCCGCCUGGCGUGAAAGAGGCCAAGUCCCUUGGCAAUAUCCUAUCUUUGAUGGAAGAGGAUAUGGUCAAGACGCUGCGCAAUCCGCCUGCAGAGGUCGGGCCGAUGCCGUUUCCACCGGCACUGGUUGCGUAUGGGCGCAUGUGUCUGGUCGCGGAGGCGUACGCAUCCUCGCACCCGCUCAGCGCAUUGCAGCUUGUCAAUCCGCCGCUCUCUAUCCACCGUGCGGCAGAGUGGGAUCCAGAAAUGUUCCGCGGCGCCGAGAGUCCGCCGGAGUUUGAUUUUGAGGCGCAAUUUCCCGUGCGUGUAGUGUGGACUAGCGAUGCACUUGCAGAGCAAGCAGGAAAGCAGGUGCCUUGGUACGAGGUGCACCGCAUCGAGUACCAGCGCGAGGACCUUGCCGAUAUGGCGCUCGACCGCUACCAGUGGAAAGAUAUGGACCAGGGUGCAGAGGACGCGAUUGGGUGGUUUGAGCAGGAGGCUGGCCUUACGGUCCCGGCUGGGACUUUUCCUCCUUGGUUCACAGAUGCCUACUCCUUUGCACGAGACGGCUCGAAAAAGAUGCCCAUCACGCUGUGCGAGACGGAUUUGCAAGAGCGGUUUAUCCGUGGCUCAGGACCGGGUGGCCAGGCGAUCAAUAAGCUCGCGACGAAUGUCGAACUGGUGCAUUUACCCACAGGUACGCGCAUUACGUGCCAAGCCACGAGGAGCCGUCCGCAGAACCGCGAAAUUGCGCGGAGGCUCAUGAGCCAGAAACUCGAGUACCUGAUCAAGAAGGAUUGGGCAUUUUUCGGUGCUGGCAAUGCCAUGUAUAGCCCAAGCGUCUUGCAGUCCAAGUGGGACAAAGCGCGACGAAAGAAGCGCAACAGGCAAAAAAAGCAGCGCAGACGGACAGUGAACGCGGAGUAA